UAGGAACCCCAAGGCCAAGCUACAGAGGACGGGCAAGAUUGGGCUGCAUGAGCAUGGAUGAAGCCGACUUUUCAGAAGACAUGACUUACAAGCAACAGGAGGACUUGCCUUACGAUGGGGAUCUCCCAAGAAGCAAGACGUGCACUGAUUAUAAUUUUACCUCAAAAGAUGCCCACUGGAAUGUCACUAAUCAAAUUCUUUUAAUUGGAGAUGCCCCUCAGGAAAAGGCUACACAGGAGACUUGCAGAAAUAGAGCUGCAGCCAUGAUCCUGGAUAAAACUACUGAGAAUGCUGUCAACAAAAAAUAUGACAAAGAGAAACACUGCGCCAUGACUCUGCGUGUCAUAGCUAACAAAGGAGAUAGCUCAAAGACAAACAUCUCUAGUAUUUUACACCACCAUCUUUCCAAAGAGCGGUUCUUAAGAGGGCAAGGCACUGAUGACAAAACUCCCCCCAAGACCUUGAGUUCAGACAGUUUUGAGGAAGCAGCUAUCAUUGAGAACAUUAUUUCAGGUUAUAUUCAGACUCCUUGGCCCAAAGAACAAAGCCCAGCAGUCACUGACCAACUCAACCUCAAAACAGAUGGUGAAAGCGGCAAGAAGCCCAAUUGUCGAAUCACAGCAGAAGAAAAUACCUGUGACCCAAAGCGGCCAGAGGUGGCUGGAGACAGCUGCCAUCAAGAAAAUGCAGCAUUUCUAACUCAAAUCAGGGGUCCAAGGGAUAAACUGAAAAACUGCCCAGGGCAAGCCCCCCAGAAACAGGAGACUGAAACAGCGACGUCAGGCCAUGGAUUCCAGUAUGGCCAAGGCCAAGUUCUUUACCAGCUCCCUGAUUUCUCAAAGGUUGCUCCCAAGGUGAAAAUUUCUAAAGCCAACAUCAUUAACAGACCAUUCACAUUACCUAAACAACCCAGCUUUUCUCCUAAACUGAGAUAUAAGCCAGCUAUUAUACAUGAUAUUUUAGAAACCAUGUCUAGGUCAAACUGUGCAGAAAAGCAACAUCCAGAGCAGAAAAGGAAAAUCACAGAAGUUUCCCCACAAACGCAGAUGAAGCCUCCGGUCCCCAUCCGCCAGGAACUUCUCCCAGGAGUAGAAUCGGAGACGAAGCUCUUCAAGUUGACAUCAACCUCUCAGAAAGACCAUCUCUUGAGUUCUUCUUACAUAUUUCAGAAGAUAUCCCAAGGAAAACAGAUGUGUCAGAGCUUGAAAGAGCAGACCGAGCAACUGAAGUCUAAAGUACAGGAGUUUUCCAAAAGUAUAAAGCAAGACUCUGACGGUCAUUUGCAAGAUGGAAGGCUGGGAUGUCUCGAACUUGACCUUGAGCAUCUUCAGCAGGAGUUUCUGGCUACCCAGGAGAUGUAUCUGACUUUUUAGCUCCAAGUCCCCAAGCACAAAUUCCCAACCGUUGGCGACUUUGAUCCAGAAAAAAAAGCAGAAGGUCAGCUCUUCAAGGUGGAGACGCUGCUUGGUGUGAUUAAGGAGAAAAAAACUAGGAGAGCAAAUAGAAUUCAGCUCUCUCCUCCCCAGUUCGCCAGCCAUCCUGCAUGCCAGGAUCCUGGGGCUUCCCAGGCAGCCUCCGGGCCACAGCCUGUCACCCUGCUUGCCCUGAGCCAGCUUCAAGGUGGUGGGCGGGAGCACAGGGGGCCAGCCUCCCCGCCCACCCGGCAGUUUUCCCAGUGCCACCUGUGCUCUGAUGCACUUGGCCUGAGGUUCGCAGCAACUGUUGGGAGAUGGUGCCCAAGUGGCACCCUGACCAACAACCCCGGGGGCUGGUCACGCGACGCCACAGGGGCCCGGGUGCCCUGCAGAACUGACUCCUCUGCUCGCCAACCCCACCACAAAGCAGCGCACAGAGGUCAGGUCCUUGCGCAGCCCCUGCCAAGGCCCGCACAGGCGCCCAAGAAAAGUGGCCUGGAGCGCAAGCCAGCGCCUGCAGGCCUCGUGGUGCGGGGCCGAUGUUACCUAAGCGGCUAUGCGGGGCCAGCCAAUAGAACGGCCUCGAGGCUGCCUCCUGACUCCAGAGUCCCCGCCUCUUCCCUCCAUUGGCACCUUAUAACCCUGCGGCCGACGCGGACUGCGAAAUGGGAGGACCGCAGCGGCCCCUCGGGAAGGCAGGAGCGAGCAGAGACGGCGGCGUUCAGCUCCAGAUGCGCCUUCUGCCGCCGCCGCCUGGUUGAAUGGAAGCAAAAGAUGGAGAAAAAAAGCCACCGGAGAUUCAACUGUGGGAGGUUUUCUGCCGUCACUCAGGAAAAGGCCCCGCACCCAGACUCAGCGCUCAGACCCAGCUUCUGUUCUGAGUCUGUUGCUGGGCUGCAGAGCAACAAACCUGAGGGCAGUGGCUCCAAGAGUCCCAAAAAGCCACCGAAAGAAUUCCGUUAUAGAUACAACAGCCCAGGACAGAACGACGUAAGUCACAGUGAAAGACGUGCCUUUGCCCAGCCCCGCUCGGCAUCUCCUUGCUCAAGACCCAAGCGGAUCUGUUCCCAGAAAGUGAAUUCAAAAUCCCUUCCAGAUGAACAGGAGCCCACACCAGGAAAAAAAAAUCUGCAGAGCCCCGCGGCCUCCAGCCCGGCCCCGGCAUCGCCCUCUCGCCCUUUCCAGCCCUGCAGGAUCUCUGCAAGCAAAUCCCUAUGUGACCUUCACGUGGCUGAGCAAACGGAAUCUAAGAUUUUAAACGCAGCUUUGGAUCAUGCCCUAAAGACGGCAAGCGUUUUGAAAAAAACUACCGAUCAAAUGAUUAAAACGAUUACGGAAGACCUUGCCAAGGCAGAGAGAUGGAGGAAUCGGCUGCAAUACUAGCUCAACCCCAGGUACCGAGGAUUAGAAGGAACAAAAUUACUAGAAAACCUGAUCGCCCUCGUCCCCACCCGCAUAUUUUAUUUAUUACAUAAUUUAGGAAGAUGACUUUCUAGAGAACACAUCUAAAGCAUAAGAAAGAGGUAACACAACGUGCUUCAA